CGGCUGCGACCCAAGAGUUUCACCAUCCCCACAAUCAUUUGCGCCACCUCCCCCCUUCUCUCCCAUGAUCUAUUUAACAUGCGCCCGCCCCUUUUGCUUGUUGCCUGCAUAUAAUUCUGUUCCUCGCUCGCUUGCUUCUCCUUUACUUAUUUAGCCAGGCUACCCUUCUCCAUCAUCACCUCCACGACGCCUGCCUCCUGCCUUCUCCCUCCUCCUCGUCCUUCACGCUACUACAAAAGACCACACAGGCAAGCAGGCUCACGCCACUGCCUAGCACCCCACCUCACCUCAGCCAAUUCGAUCGCUCGCAUAAACUAUUUCGUGGAUCCUUCAGAGAGGAUCUAGAGCAGCAGCAGCAGUGGGAUCUGCGCGCGCGAGGCAGCAGCUUCGAUGGGCCUCGACGCCGCGGAAAUCUCUGAAUUGGCGGCGCUCCGGCCGAUCCAGACGGCCGUGAGCGGCCCCCGGGCCACGGCAGAGCCUCGGACGGACGAUGACGCUCCAGCCGCCGGCACCGGCUGCGUCACACCCAAGGCGAGCGGCGCGCGUUCAGCCGCUGCAGGAGGAGCGGACGACGACGACGACGCUGCCACCGACACCGGCUGCGUCACGCCCAAGGCAAGCGGCUCCAUGGCCAUGCUGCCCAUCGCGCCGCUGCAGCAAGACGACCGCGCCGACGUCGGCUUCGCCACGCCGCUGGCCACGGGUGGAGUAAUUGGGCCGCGAGACGGCUGCGCUGCUGCCGGCGACGAGAACAGCUUCACCACGCCCACGACGGCCGACAGCGCGCUGUUGCCGGCCACGGUGUGCCCACCGGCGCCGCGGAAGUCGGCGCCGGUCCCGACGAGGAAGCGUGCUCCGCUCCAGCAGCGGCUCUUCUACCCGGUGCCGCACGACCUGGCCACCGUGUUCGUGGCCGUGCCGCAGUGCCCGCCGCCCGCCAAGAAGAUGCGGGCACACGCCCUGGAGUCAUCUGCGCCCCUAGGCAGUUGAGCGAGACACACACCUCUCUCUCGCUCCAGCAAUUCAGCACCCCGCGCAGGUGACAUGCAUGCGUGCAUGCCGCUGCGCGCCAUUGCCGCGACCGAGCGCAAGUGGGCGAAGGAAUUCUCCAGAGAAGCGGAAGCGAAGUGGAUCUCUCUUUCCUCUCCUCCGUCCCCAUGCAGAAUAAGCCUGAAUAAUCGGAUUGUACAUACACCGCCGCCCGCCUCCUGUGCAUACGCGUGAUGAUCAGCUGCCAUGGCGCAAAUCCAGCAGGUGAUCGUGGAAUCAUGAAAGAGACGGAUGGUAACCUGGGAAUAAUUCAACUCUGCAUGGCAGAAUUAGGCGCUCCUGAGUGGCCGCCAAUUGCUCUGUAUUUCCGCCUCAAUCCUCUCGCGGGGAAUUGUGUAAACUCCACUGUAAUCUUUUGUAAACUCUACUUACCAUUUUGUCUUGUGUACUUGUUUCGAUGUACUUGCUCUGCCUCUGCAUCAUCGAACUAUAGACAGGCCAUGUUUAUUUC